CAUAAAGUUGUUUGCUGCCAACAAAAAACCACCGAAGAAGAAGCUUCGUCCCCCGGAAGUGUUGUUCGGUGUUUCAGAGCUUCAGCGGAGAGAAGCGUUAGAUGUUAGUUAACUAGCUGAAUCCAAGUAACGGCAGAAAACCGAUGAUUUAGUCGGUUAAUCAGAGAUGGACCGACACCGGAAACAGCUGGAGGUGGUUUUAAAACCGGAAGCGAAGCCGCGAGGAGAAGUUUUACCUUUAGAUGUACGAAAAGUGAUUGUUGGUGAAGAAGAGCGGCAGGAGUGGCGCUCCAGUCUGGACCAGGACGACCCAGAGCCCCCACACAUUAAAGAGGAACAGGAGGACCCAGAGCCCCCACACAUUAAAGAGGAACAGCAGGAUCUCUGGACCAGUCAGGAGGGAGAGCAGCUUCAAGGGCUGGAGGAGGCUGAUAUCAUCAAGUUCCCAUUCACUCCUGUCUCUGUGAAGAGUGAAGAUGAUGAAGAGAAUCCUCAGUUGUCACAGCUUUAUCAAAGACAAACUGAAAAGAUGGAAACAGAAGCUGAUGGAGAGGACUGUGGAGGACCAGAACCAGCCAGGAACUCAGAUCUAAAUAUACAUCCAGAACCAAUAGUCAUAAUCAUAAAUUAUGUAGUCCCUGUCAGUGAUUCAAGAUGUAGUUCUGGUGAGAAACCUUUUAGCUGCUCUGAGUGUGAUAAAAGAUUUGGAACCAAGACAUGUCUGAACAGACACAUGAGAUCUCAUAAAGGAGAGAAACCUUUCAUCUGCUCAGUCUGUAGGAAAUCUUUUAUACAGAGUGGACAUUUACAGUUACACAUGAGAAUCCACACAGGAGAGAAACCUUUCAUUUGCCCAGUGUGUGGUAAGAGAUUUAUACAGAAGGCUCAUCUGACACACCACAUGGCAGUUCACACAGGGGAGAGACUAUUCAGCUGCAGUGUUUGUAACAAACGAUUUGCCUGGCGUCGACAGAUCAAAAAACAUAAAUGUGUUGGUCGUCAGUCCUCACAGCUUCAUCAAACUCAAACUGAGGAGAACAGAGAGGCAGAGCGUCCAGCCAGCAGCUCAACUAAACAGAUGAAAAAAGAAGCUGAUGGAGAGGACUGUGGAGGACCAGAACCAGCCAGAAACUCAGAAUCAGAUAGACGUUUACAACCAAAUACUGUUGAGACUGAUGACAGUGAUGACUGGAAGGAGACCAGAGGACCUCAGUCAGGUUUAAACUCUCUGAAUAAUGAUGAAGUUCCUGUCAGUGAUUCAAGAUGUAGUACUGGUGAGAAAACAUUCAGCUGCUCUGAGUGUGAUAAAAGAUUUGGCUUCAAGAAAAAUCUGAAGCGACACAUGAGAACUCAUACAGGAGAAAAACCUUUCAGCUGCUCAUUUUGUAUGAAAUCCUUUGCACGACGUGGAGAUUUACAGAAACACAUGAGAAUCCACACAGGAGAGAAACCUUUCAGCUGCUCAGUCUGUAUGAAAUCUUUUACACAGAGUGUACAUUUACAGUCACAUAUGAAAGUCCACACAGUUGCUUAGUGUGGUGAAAGAUUUUCAAGAAAGGUACAUUUGCCACAACACAUGCCGGUCCACACAGGAAAAAAGAUUAAUUAUCAGUGUUUGUAACAAGUCCCUGUAAAUGAUUCAAGAUGUAGUACUGGUGAGAAACCAUUCAGCUGAUCUGAGUGUGAUAAAACUUUCAUUGAAAGUGGAGAUCUGAAGAGAUUUUUGAGGUCGACCCAUCUGAAGAGUCACAUGAUAAUCCACACAGGAGAGAAACCAUUCAGCUGCAGUGUUUGAGACAGAAGAUUAAAUAAGUAAUCAGCUCAGAAACCAUCAGUGUGUUGGUCGUCAGUCUUCACAGCUUCAUUAAAGACAAACUGAGGAGAACGAGAAUCAUGUAAUGAAUCAUUUUGAUAAGUGCUAUAUGAAUAAACAUAUAGUUUUUCUUCAACA